UUCAGCCGCUCAGUCAAUCAGUGGUCGCCUCCGCGAGUUGUUUGUGUCGUGCCGUGCCGUGUCGCGAUUCUUUUCCUCCUUUAUUUUUCUCGUCGUUUCUCUUUGCGCUAGAUUUUGACAGCUGCGCAGGGUUGAAUCAGCCGCAGCAGCAGGGUCGCCACACAAGGGAAAGUGUGUGAAGAAGAAAGAAGGCAAAAACAAAACAACAACACCAGCGACGACGACGACGGGCUCAACGCAGAGUUCGGCGGGUGAAAAGCGGAAAAGUUGGUGUGUUGGAGUUUUUCCUAGCGCGCGUGUGUGUGCGUGUGUGACAGCCACACGGUUUUCCGUCAAGAUUUUCCCGAAUUUAUAUCUCACGGAGCAGCGUUAGCGAGAAGGAAGAGCCGUGUGAGAGUUGGUUCAGUGCGUGUGACGACGACGACGACGGGUUCUGUGUUCGCCGAAGCCGUGGCCGCACAGGAGUUGCCGUGGUGCCGUGGAAGUUUGUGACCGUGUGACGAAGUCGUGUGCCGAUGCCGAUUCCAAAAGUCGGCCAGCAGUGAGUGCGUGCGCGUGAGUGAGUGAGCGUGAGUUCGAAUCCCGGUGGAUAUAUAAAAAUAAACGGCGGGAAAUCGCGUUGACCGCUCCGACCCGACCCGACUUCCGGAUCUGAUUACGGUCUUUCGCCAAGACUUGACUCGAGGUUCAAGAUAAUCUCCCAGCUACAGCAGUACCGCACGAUGGCCGAGAACAAGGGAAUACUGCUGGCCAAGUCCGUCCAGAAGCACGCUGGAAGGGCCAAGGAAAAGCUCUUACAAAACCUCGGCAAGGUGGACCGAACCGGCGACGAGAUCUUCGACGAGCACCUGACCAACUUCACCCGCCAGCAGAACAGUGCCACCCGGCUGCAGAAAGAGUUCAACAACUACAUCCGAUGCGUGCGAGCCGUCCAGACCGCCUCCAAAAGCCUGAUGGAUGCCAUAAACGAGGUGUACGAGGGCCAGUGGACCGGCUCCGAGGCGCUGUACGCCCAGACCAACACCGUCGAGGUGCUGUUCCAGGACUUUUCGCACAAACUCGGCGACCAGGUGCUGAUACCGCUCAACACCUACACCUCGCAGUUCCCAGAGAUGAGGAAAAAGAUCGACAAACGGGGCCGCAAGCUGGUGGACUACGACAGCCAGAGACACUCCUUCCAGAGUCUGCAAGCAAACGCCGCCAAGCGCAAGGAUGAUGUUAAGGUCACAAAGGGACGCGAAACGCUGGAGGAGGCGAAGCGGACGUACGAGGUGCUGAACGCGGAACUGCACGACGAGCUGCCGGCCCUGCACGACUCGAGAAUACUGUUCCUGGUGACGAACCUGCAGACGCUGUUCGCCUCCGAGCAGCAGUUCCACAGCGAAACGUCCAAGGUGUACGCCGAGCUGGAGGCGAUCGUCGACAAGCUCGCCACCGAGUCCCAGCGGGGCUCGUACACGCUCAAAAAGAUCACCGCUAACUCCACUCCAUCAAGCCAGCCGCAGUCCCCAGUGAAAGCGAACUUGUCGAUUGUAAAUAACAUCACCAACGGCUCUGCCAACAACACCAACGGACCCCCAUCCACAUCGCCAUCAAUUUCACCCACCCCAGCAGAUCACCUGCGGCUCGAGGACGACGAAGAGGACACGGAACCGUCCUACCAGAACACGGACGUCGCACGAUCGGCCGCCGCGUCACGGUCGUCAUCGGCCCUAGCCGCCGCCGCCACCGUCUCAACCACGCCCAAUACUAAUAACAAUAACGGCAUUGAUGUUGUGGCCGCCACCCAAACACAGCCGCCUAAAACUCCCACGCCGCCUCCGCAGCAGCCGCUCGCUAGCAGCGACAACAAAGUAACCACGAAUGGUACGAACGGCCAUCAUGAUCAUUCUGCUGAAGACUCAGCCGAUCCAAGCAGCCAUACGCAAAAUAACACUGAAAAAGCAGCCAACGCCGCCGCCGCCGCUGAAAAAGCUAGUCCGCCAUCAACGCCGCCGAUGCCUACUAAGACCCCCCAUCAGCCGCCGUCAUCAAACACGCCGCCUACUAGUACUGGCGGCGCCGUCGUUUCACAAUCAAGUAAUACUAAUUUUCAUCUGCAUCACCAUCAAAACAUAUCAAACCAUCACCCCCAACACCUUCAUCACCAAUACCAACACCACGCCCACCACCAACAAACCGGAACCGGUCCGACGUCCCUAACCUCAAACUCGUCGUCGACGACAUCCUCGGCGGCGGAACAAAUCCUGCUCUACGGCAAUGUCGCUAACAGUGCCAGCAGUAGUCAGUUGACUAACAUUUACCAUAACAUCGCUAAUAAUAACAACAACAGUAACAGCUAUUGUGCUACCCACACUGGUAGUAGCAACAACGGCAAUAACAAUAACAGUAAACUGGAAGAGCUCUAUGAUAUCCCUAAGGGCGCCACGACCACUGAUCUGCCGCCCGGCGUCCUGUACCGGGUGAAGGCCACCUACAAGUACGUCCGGGAGGACGUCGACGAGCUGAGCUUCGACGUCGGGGACAUCGUCAACGUGAUCGAGUACGAGGACCCCGAGGAUCAGGAGGAAGGCUGGCUGAUGGGCAUCAAGGAUGGCACCAACGAGAAGGGCAUGUUCCCGGCCAACUUUACGCGGCCGAUGUAAGAGUCAGCAGAAGAGGAACAACAUCCGAGCGACACUAAAUUCUAACAGCUUGAAGAAGAAGAAGAAAAAUCGUGUAAAGUUUAACAAAAAUUCCACUAAAACCGGAAGCCGGAACAAUAUCCGCUAACACACACCGUAGGAUAGAAGAAAACUAAAACUCGAACAUUUAAACUAUUUAACGGAUGUGGAGAAAGCAAUUUUGGAACGACGACACACGAUAGAUGCGAAUAAGACGUGCCUUUAGAAUUGUUCGUAACGUUAUUUUUUCUUAGACAAUUAAGGCAAGUCAAAGGACCAGGAGCAAACGAGGAGAAUUGUGAAGUGGGAACUGUGAGAACAUUUAGCUUUUGUGUCUUUUCAUUAAAUUUCUGUUUAUUUUUUAACUGUCCGUUAAAAGUUUGCUCAGUCAGUUUGUUUUUGCAAAUUAAGCUUUCUGUUUUUCAUGUCUUCCCGUUUAAUUGUGAAAUAAAUUAUUUUUUCUUUGUUGAAGAAAACACGUCUUCCCACGUUGUUCAAAUCUAUCGAAUACAAAAAAUAACUGUCUAAAUUAUAAAACGAAUCAUUUUUUUUUAUUUUGAAACCAACACAUUCGAAAACAAAACCGUGUAAAUAAUUGAACAUAAAAUUCGAACCUUUUUACUGCCUGUUCAAAAGUUUAUGCUGAAACCGAUCAAAUAAAAAUCAAACUAUUGUUUCGUUCAUCUAAUUGAACUGCCAAAAGUUUUUAAAAGCAAACAUCCCUAAAUUGCCAACUGCAUAAAAUCGUUAUUUUCUGUAAAAAGAUGCAACACAAAAAAAACGAACCCUUUGGCCUUUCUUUAUCGAAUCUUUUACUUUCCGAAACGACUGUCUUUUUGCGAGUGGCAUUGCGCGUCCAGAAGGAUUCCGGAAGAGGUGCGAUAUCACAAGAUAAAGGUAGACAUGAAAUGAUGUUAAAUUUAAAAAAGUAGCGAAAAGAUUUAUGCAUUUUUUACAAACACACACACACACGUACGUAGUUUGAAAAAUCACAACCCGCAAGAAAAAAGUAUACAAUUUCCACGCAACUAGAACUUUGCCCCUUGCCCUCCCUGAUUAGAAUCGUGCCCAAAAUGGUGCGAUUCGCGUUGUUACAUGUAGAAAAACUCCCCCGUUCUGAAUCAAACUAGAAUAUAGUUUCAAAAAAUGCCCUUUCGUCCGCGAAUCGUUACUUUCAUUGUUAUUAUUAUUAUUAUUUUCCGAUCGCAACACACACACACACUGUUUUUAUUGUAUUUGAAAGUUUUACCUUAUUUAACUAAUAAUUUAAUUAAUAACUUAGUUGGUUAAUGAUGAUAAGAUGAAAAACAAGAAACAAAAUAAACAGCAAACAAAAAAAUAAGUUCGAAUGCAACACAAAGUCACAACAAGAGAAAGUAGAAAAAAGUUUAGAAAAAAAUGGAAAAUUUAAAGCAACAAAAAAAUAGAAAAGCAUCGCAGCACUGUAACAAAAAAAAACGAAAAUGAAAAAUUGGUCAAAAAUAUUUUCUCGAACAUUGAAGGAAUAAAAAAGCAAAACUUGUUUUUAUCUGAUACAAAACGAUGAUGGUGGUGAUGAUGAAGAGUUAAUAUAUUUCAAAAUAUAAUUAUUAAUACAAUAAUAUUCUAAGCGUAACGAUAAUAAAAAUGAUGGAUGAUACUUGUGUACAA